CAAAAGAAGGCUCGAUUCCUUUGGGAAGGAACACAAAUCACUCCAGUUUUAACCAGUGGGUCAUCAGAGAAUUUGGCGCUCCAAGGAUAGCCACACGAAUGUUUUCGUGUCUUUUUUUUUUUCUUUUUUCUUUUUUUGGACAAGGAAAGAUCUAAGGAGAAAAGAGAAGAAAAGUUGUUCGGGAAUACUGACACUGAAUAGUCUCUAAGAUCUGUUUGAUCCUCGAGUGUUCCUUCAACUGGCACAUCAGCUGGUCCCGGGACAAGACAUCUUCGGAGAAAACUGCCUUUUGUUACCACAUUCCUUACAAACAUUGUGCUCUCUUUUGCGUCUUGGUGAUACCAGGAUUUGUCCUAGUUUCCAAACUCCCUCCAAUCUGCGCGCUGAGCUGUCAGAUCUCUCUCUCUCUCUCUCUCUCUCUCUCUCUCUCUCUCUCUCUCUCUCUCUCUCUCUCUCGUUCGCUCUUUACGCACGGGAGGUUGGGUACCUGAGAACACUCGCGCACAUCAUCGGGAGGAAGAGAGAGUGUGUGACAUCCCGUUUUCAUGUUUGGGAUUCAGGAGAGCAUCCAAAGGAGUGGGAGUAGUUUGAAAGAGGAGCCCUUCGGAGCCGGCAUGAACGCAGUCCGAACAUGGAUGCAAGGUGCAGGGGUGCUGGAUGCGAACACGGCCGCGCAGAGUGGAGUGGGGCUGGCCAGGGCGCACUUCGAGAAACAGCCGCCCUCAAAUCUUCGCAAAUCCAACUUCUUCCACUUCGUUUUAGCCCUUUAUGACCGACAAGGACAGCCAGUGGAAAUUGAGAGGACCACUUUUGUUGGAUUUGUGGAAAAAGAAAAGGAAACAAGUGGAGAAAAGACAAACAAUGGAAUACAUUACAGACUGCAACUUCUCUACAGCAACGGCAUCAGAACGGAGCAGGAUUUUUAUGUACGACUAAUUGACUCCAUGACUAAACAGGCCAUCAUCUAUGAAGGUCAAGAUAAGAACCCGGAGAUGUGCCGCGUGCUCCUGACUCAUGAAAUCAUGUGCAGUCGUUGCUGUGACAAAAAGAGCUGCGGGAACCGUAACGAGACGCCCUCGGAUCCUGUUAUCAUCGACAGGUUUUUUCUAAAGUUUUUCCUGAAAUGCAAUCAGAACUGUCUUAAGAAUGCAGGAAACCCACGGGACAUGCGACGCUUUCAGGUGGUUGUGUCGACAACAGUCAGUGUAGAAGGACACGUGCUGGCUGUUUCAGACAACAUGUUUGUGCACAACAACUCAAAACAUGGCAGAAGAGCUCGGAGACUCGACCCGUCAGAGGGAACACAGUCAUAUCUGGAACACGCUGCUCCCUGUAUCAAAGCCAUUAGCCCCAGUGAAGGCUGGACAACAGGGGGCGCUACUGUCAUCAUCAUUGGAGACAACUUCUUUGACGGACUGCAGGUCAUCUUCGGCACCAUGUUGGUCUGGAGCGAGCUCAUCACACCUCAUGCCAUCAGAGUGCAGACCCCUCCACGCCACAUUCCCGGAGUGGUAGAGGUCAUGCUCUCCUAUAAGUCCAAACAGUUUUGCAAAGGCACACCUGGCAGAUUCAUCUACACAGCCUUGAAUGAGCCCACCAUAGACUACGGUUUCCAGCGGUUACAGAAGGUGAUACCUCGGCAUCCUGGAGACCCUGAACGUUUGCCAAAGGAAGUGAUUUUAAAGAGAGCUGCAGAUCUGGUUGAAGCACUUUAUGGAAUGCCCCACAACAACCAGGAAAUCAUUCUUAAGCGAGCAGCAGACAUCGCUGAGGCCCUUUACAAUGUGCCACGAAACCACAACCAGCUGACAGGCCUGACCAACAGCUCUGUGCAUGCGAGCAUGAUGGGAGUAAACUCCUUCACUGGACAGCUCGCUGUUAACAUCUCAGAAUCGUCUCAGGGCCAGGGUUUCAGUCGUAACACAAGUAGUGUAUCUCCGCAUGGAUAUGUCCCGAGCUCCACACCUCAGCAGAACAGUUACAGUACGGUAUCCACCAGCAUGAAUGGCUACGGAAACAGCACAAUGACAAACCUGACCGGAUCCCCGAGUUUCCUGAACGGCUCUGCCGCCAAUUCGCCCUAUGCCAUUGUUCCCUCCAGCCCCACCAUGGCCUCCUCAACCAGCCUGCCCUCAAACUGCAGCAGCUCCUCUGGGAUCUUCUCCUUCUCUCCAGCAAACAUGGUUUCAGCUGUGAAGCAGAAGAGCGCCUUUGCUCCUGUCGUUCGACCCCAGUCCUCACCUCCACCUACAUGCACCAGUACCAAUGAGAAUGGUCUCCAAGAUCAGUCUUUUGUCGACUCUAACAAGUACUCCACAGCCAGCGCGCUCCAGGGCCUGGCCUUCUCCUGAAUGAUCCCUGGAAUGAUCAUUCCUCCCAUGUAGGGUGUGGUUUUGCGUGUGUGUGUGUGUGUGUGUGUGUGUGCGUUUGUGUGUAGAGAGACAGAGGAAGAUGAAACACACUCUUUCAUGCCACUGACUUCACCAGUCGUGGACUGACCUCGCAGUCGUGCUCUGAAGGAUGACAAACUCCAAACUCAGGCCCUUUUUAAACUCAAUCUGCUUUGAAACAAAAACAUAAUAGAGGUAGAACAAUACGAGAAAAAAAAAAAAAAAAAAAAAGAACUGAACUAUUGUACCUCCCUGUUUUGAUGUUGAAAUUUGUACUCAUCUUGUAGACACUUUUUAAGAUAAUGGGCAUCAGCACAGACAAUGCUUACUCACCCCACACUAUAACAUGAGAGAUCUAUUUAUUUUAACAGUUGUUGAUUUGCCAUCAUAUUUGUGUGUUUCUGUGUGCAUCAACCUAUUAUGAAAUUACCUGAUAUGAUGUUGCAGUGGUUUCUAUUUAUGAUUGUAUGCUAAAUGAAGGAUUACCAGAGAUUUUUGUGCUGUAAUCGCCCACUGAAUUUGAAAAAUUGCUUUUGAAUUAAAAAGGAGAAAAAAACUCUUUUAAAACAUCUUGUUCAGUUAGUCUACAAAUGUGCCAGCAACAUGAAUCAAUAUUAAAGAGAUAGUUCACCAAAAACAAAAUUAUGUAGUCAUUUACUCACCUUCAUGUCAAUCAAAAACAGAAAACUUUAAAAAGAAGAUAUUCAGACACCAUUUACUUUCAUUGCAUCUUUUUUUUUGUUUUUCCAUACAAUAAAAUUGAAUGGUGAUUGAGAAUUUAAUUCUGAUUUACAUCUUGAUUUGUAUUCAAUUGAAAAUAAAAAAAAAUACAAAUUUGAGGUUUGGAACAACACAUGGGUGAGUGAAUUAUGACAUUAUUAUUGGUUGAAUUAUCCCUUUAAAAGUCCUAAACUGAUAUUGUCAAGUGGUAAAAACAUAAUUUUUGUUUUCAACUCUCUUUUGCAUUGUUACUAUCAUGCCAUAAUUUUUACAAUCAUCUUCCAUCAUAUGUGUUAAAGGGAUAGUUCACCCAAACAUGUUCUCAUCAUUUACUCACCCUCAUGACAUACCAGAUGUGUAUAACUUUCUUUCUUCUGCUGAACACAAAAGAAGAUUUUUUGAAGAAUAUCUCAGCUCUGUUGGUCCAUGCAACACAAGUGAAUUGUGUCUAGAAUUAUGAAGCUCCAAAAAGGACAUAAAGGCAGCAAACAAGUUAUCCAGAUGACUCCAGUGGUUAAAUCUAUAUCUUCAGAAGCGACAUGAUAGAUCAAUAUUUGAGUCCUGUUUUGCUAUAAAUUCUCCUCCCUUCCCAUUAGGGGGUGAUAUGCACGAAUAACGCAAAUCAUCAAAAACAAAAGAAAAAUGUGAAAAUGAAAGUGAAGAUUUAUAGUAAACAAAUACUUAAAUAGUUUACCUGUUUCUCACUUUCACGUAUCAUAUCUCUUCUGAAGACAUGGAUUAAACCACAGGAGUCAUAUGGAUUACUUGCUGCCUUAAUGUACUUUUUUGAGCUUCAAUGUUUUUUCACCAUUCUCUUGCAUUGUGAGGAUCAACAGAGCUGAAAUAUUUGAAGAAAAAAAAAAAAAAAAAAUCUUCGUUUGUGUUCAGCAGUAGAAAAAAGUCACAUCUGGGAUGGCAUGAGUUGAGUAAAUGAUGAGAGAAUUUUCAUAUUUGGUGAACUAUCCCUUUAAGAACAGACAAUUCCUUUUGAUCUUGUACCCUGUUUUAUCUCAUAAAAUCAUUCUACAAUGCAAAAAUGCAUAGACCAAACACCACAACAAACACCCAUUGUUAUAUAAAAUAAAUGCUACACAAAGACAAAUAUGCAUCAUACAUGGAGCCAAGGGGAUCAAAUAGCCCUAAUCUUUCUAAAGCGAUUACUGCCUUCUUUUUAUCUAAUAUAAUGAAGGAUUCAUUUUUGUUGAAGAAAACACAAAUGAGAGAAUCUUUUUUUAAGUUUGUUGCAUGUUGUAUUCUUUAUUUCUUUCAUUUUAAUAUGUUUGUUUUGUCGAAAAACUGUGAUUACAUUCAUCAUUUAUUUUGCAACGUGUAGUGCUUCCUCUAGCAGAUAAUGUUAAGAUUGAAAUUACUGAAACAUUGUAGGAAGAAACAUUGCUCAGUAGAGCCGUUUUGCUCAUUGGUUAACAACAGAAUCAUGUAGAUCAAUCUGAUUUUGGCACUGUGAAAGUUCUGUAAUGAAAGACUGAAGAUGUAGAUAAAGCCAAUACUUUUGUUUGGGUUCUAGCGUGUGAAUUGUGUAUAAAGUGAUAAAUAUGUUUAUGAUUUUGUCUUUAAUUUUGCCAAAGUCAUUGUUUAAAAUUUAUUUAUACAUCAGAAAAGAGUCAUAAGGCAGCUUUAUACAAACUAUUGUCACUGAUAUAAUGUUUAACAGAUCUCAUUGACUUUAGCUCUGAAGUUUUAAUGAUCAAAAAGGGAUAUAUGUAGGAAAUCCAUAAGAAUAACGUAUGUGUAUCGCUUGAAUAUGUAUAUGCUUAAAAUCUCUUUUCCUUAUGUUGUGUUUUCGCUCAUAAUCUGUUUUUGUUGUUAUGUCAUCUGCCAAUUUUUCUCCAUAAAUUUGAUUUUGGAACUUCGUUUGUAUAGCAAUUUUGUAUUUCAAAGUACAACCAUGCUUUAAAAAAAAAAAAAAAGAAAAAAAAAAAAGAAAAAUUAUUAUU